AUGGCUUCCACUUCUUCUCCCACUACUCCAUAUUUGAAGCUUGAUGUGUUCCUCAGUUUUAGAGGCACAGACACCCGCAAUAGUUUCACCAGUCAUCUUUAUGAUGCAUUGCAGCGAAACCAAAUUGAUGCUUACAUCGAUAAUAAACUUGAUGGAGGAGAAAAGAUCGAGCCUGCCCUCUUGGAAAGGAUUGAGGAGUCAUGUAUUUCGCUAGUCAUUUUCUCUGAAAAUUAUGCAGAUUCUACUUUCUGUUUGAGGGAACUCUCCAAGAUUCUUGAGUGCAUGGAGACCAAACAACAGAUGGUCUUACCAGUUUUUUACCGACUUGAUCCAAGCCAUGUUCAAAAUCUGACUGGGAGCUAUGGAGAUGCACUUUGCAAGCAUGAAAGAGAUUGCAGUUCUGAAGAAGUAGAGAGUUGGAGACGUGCUUCGAAAGAAAUAGCUAAUCUCAAGGGCUGGGAUUCAGACGUCAUUAAGGAUGAGACCAAGCUAAUUCAGGAAAUCGUUACUGACAUUCAAAAGAAAUUGAACCAUGAGCUGUCACCCUCAUUUGAUUCAAAACGCCUUGUUGGAAUGAAAUCACGCGUUGAAGACAUCGAAUCAUUACUAUCCUAUGGAUCAACCGGUGUGCUCAUCGUGGGAAUCUGGGGGAUGGGUGGUAUAGGUAAGUCCACAACGGCUGAAACUGUGUAUCAUCGAAACUGUAGUAAAUUUGAAGGCCAUUGCUGUUUCCAAGAUGUUAGGGAAGAAUCACGGAAGCAUGGAGUAGAUCAUGUCCGACAGGAAAUUCUUGGCAAGGUAUUAGAGAAGAAUGAUCUCAAAAUACACGGAAAAGUGCUACCCUCGGCCAUUAAGCGAAUGCUUCAAAGAAAAAAGGUCCUCAUAGUUCUUGAUGAUGUCAAUGAUCCACAACAUUUAAAAUAUUUACUAGGAGAGGAUGGUUUGUUUGGCCAAGGAAGUAGAAUCAUUGUGACAAGUAGAGAUAGGCGAGUUCUUGAAAAUGCAUGUGAUGAAGACAGAAUUUACGAGGUUAAAAUUUUAGACGAAGACGAUGCACUUCGACUCUUCAGCUUACAUGCCUUUAAACAAGAUCGUCCCAUAGAAGGAUAUACUGGGCUAUCAAAAACUGUGGUAAGCUGUGUUAAGGGCAUUCCAUUAGUUCUCGAGGUUUUAGGUGGCAAUCUAUGCAAUAAAAGGAGUGUUGAAUACUGGGAAAGUAAGGUGGCACAGCUAAGAACAAAUGGUGGCGAGGACAUUAAGAAACAUUUGGAAAUGUGCUAUCAUGAAUUAGAUCAGACAGAAAAGAAAAUAUUUCUUGAUAUAGCAUGUUUCUUUGGACGGUGCAAGAAGGAUUUUCUCCAACAAACACUAGAUCUUGAAGAAAGAAGUGGGAUAGAUCGUCUCGCUGAUAUGUGUCUCAUAAAAAUUGUUCAAGACAAGAUCAAGAUGCAUGAUGUGCUCCUAAAACUAGGGAAAAAAAUUGUCCUCCAAGAAAACGUUGACCCUAGAGAACGUAGCAGGUUGUGGGAGGCUGAUGAUAUCUAUCGUGCAUUAACAACUCAGGGGACUGGAUCCAAAGUGGAAAGCAUAUCCCUCAUCUUGGAUUCAACUAAAGAAUUGACAUUAAGUCCUACAGCAUUUGAAGGGAUGUAUAAUUUAAGAUUGCUCAAAAUCUACUACCCACCUUUCUUAAAGGAUCCCUCAAAGGAGCAAAUUAUGAAUCCAAAGAGGGUCGGAAUCCAGCUUCCACGAGGGCUUCACUUUCUUUCAAGUGAGCUAAGGUUUCUCUACUGGUAUAAUUACCCUUUGAAAUCCUUUCCAUCAAUUUUUUUCCCUGAGAAACUUGUUCAACUUGAAAUGCCUUGUUGCCAGCUUGAACAACUUUGGAAUGAAGGCCAGCCACUUGAGAAGUUGAAAUCUCUUAAAUCACUUAAUUUUCAUGGUUGCUCAGAACUAGCAAGUCUACCGCAUAGUAUUGGCAUGUUGAAAUCUCUUGACCAGCUUGAUCUUAGUGGUUGCUCAAGUCUAACAAGUCUACCGAACAACAUUGACGCGUUAAAAUCUCUAAAAUCGCUUAAUCUUAGUGGUUGCUCAAGACUAGCAAGUUUACCAAAUAGCAUUGGUGUGUUAAAAUCUCUUGACCAGCUUGAUCUUAGUGGUUGCUCAAGACUAGCAAGCCUACCAGACAGUAUUGGCGCAUUGAAAUCUCUUAAAUCGCUUAAUCUUAGUGGUUUCUCAAGACUAGCAAGUCUACCAAAUAGCAUUGGCAUGUUGAAAUCUCUUGACCAAUUUGAUCUUAGUGAUUGCUCAAGACUAGUAAGUCUACUAGAGAGCAUUGGCGAGUUCAAAUCUCUUAAAUCACUUAAUCUUAGUGGUUGCUCAAGACUAGCAAGUUUACCAGAUAAAAUUGGUGAGUUGAAAUCUCUUAAAUUGCUUAAACUUCAUGGUUGCUCAGGACUAGCAAGUUUACCAGACAACAUUGGCGAGUUGAAAUCUCUUACAUCGCUUAAUCUUAGUCGUUGUUCAGGACUAGCAAGUCUACCUGACAGCAUUGGGGUGUUGAAAUGUCUUGCUAAGCUUCACCUUACUGGUUGCUCAGGACUAGCAAGUCUACCAGACAGCAUUAACAAAUUGAAAUGUCUUGAUACGCUUCAUCUUAGUGGUUGCUCAAGACUAGCAAGUCUACCCAACAACAUUGGCGCAUUGAAAUCUCUUUACCAGCUUGAUCUUAGUGGUUGCUCAAGACUAGAAAGUCUACCCGACAGCAUUGGAGGGUUGAAAUGUCUUACUAAGCUUCACCUUACUGGUUGCUCAGGACUAACAAGUCUACCAGACAGCAUUGACAGGUUGAAAUGUCUUGAUACACUUCAUCUUAGUGGUUGCUCAGGACUAGCAAGUCUACCAAACAACAUUAACAGGUUGAACUAUCUUAUUGUGCUUAAUCUUUGUGGUUUCUCAAGACUAGCAAGUCUACCAAACAGCAUUGGUGAAUUGAAAUCUCUUAAAUUGCUUCAUCUUAGUGGUUGCUCAAGACUAGGAAGUCUACCAGAUAGAAUUGACGAGUUGAAAUCUCUUAAAUCGCUUAAUCUUAAUGGUUGCUCAGGACUAGCAAGUCUACCAGACAGAAUUGGGGAGUUGAAAUCUCUUGAAUGGCUUAAUCUUCAUGAUUGCUCAGGACUAACAAGUCUACCAGACAGAAUUGUCGAGUUGAAAUCUCUUAAAUCCCUUAAUCUUAAUGGUUGCUCAGGACUAGAAAGUCUACCAGACAGCAUUGGCGAGUUGAGAUGUCUUACUAUGCUUAAUCUUAGUGGUUGCUUAAAACUAACAAGUCUACCCGACAGCAUUGGCAUGUUGAAAUGUCUUUAUGCGCUUCACCUUACUGGUUGCUCAGGACUAGAAAGUCUACCAGACAACAUUGACGAGUUGAGAUGUCUUACUACGCUUGAUCUUAGUGGUUGCUUAAAACUAGCGAGUCUUCCAAACAACAUCAUUGAUCUUGAAUUUAAAGGACUUGACAAACAGCGUUGUUAUAUGCUGAGUGGAUUCCAGAAAGUAGAAGAAAUUGCAUCAUCCACCUAUAAAUUGGGCUGCCAUGAAUUUUUAAAAUUGGGAAAUUCUCGUGUGUUAAAAACUCCAGAGAGAUUAGGCUCUUUGGUGUGGCUAACAGAAUUGAGAUUAUCUGAGAUUGAUUUUGAGAGGAUACCUGCAAGCAUCGAGCACCUUACUAAGCUAAGUAAACUCUAUUUAGAUGAUUGCAAGCGGCUUCAAUGUUUACCAGAGCUUCCAUCCACUCUACAAGUUUUAAUCGCAUCAGGUUGCAUCUCUUUAAAAUCUGUAGCAAGUAUAUUCAUGCAAGGUGAUAGAGAAUAUGAAGCUGCUUCUCAGGAAUUCAAUUUCUCUGGAUGCCUCCAACUGGAUCAGAAUUCACGCACUAGAAUUAUGGGUGCUACCCGUUUACGAAUUCAACGCAUGGCAACAUCAUUAUUUUAUCAGGAAUAUCAUGGUAAGCCCAUUAGAGUUCGGUUGUGUAUUCCUGGGUCGGAAGUCCCGGAAUGGUUCAGUUAUAAAAAUAGAGAAGGAUCGUCAGUAAAAAUCCGGCAACCAGCUCAUUGGCAUCGUCGUUUCACUUUAUGCGCUGUUGUUUCAUUUGGCCAAAGCGGGGAAAGGCGUCCCGUUAAUAUUAAAUGUGAAUGCCAUUUGAUAAGCAAAGAUGGAACCCAGAUUGAUCUCAAUUCCUACUUCUACGAAAUAUAUGAAGAAAAGGUGAGGAGUUUAUGGGAAAGGGAGCAUGUGUUCAUCUGGAGUGUCCACUCUAAGUGCUUUUUCAAGGAGGCCUCGUUUCAAUUCAAAUCACCGUGGGGAGCUACUGAUGUGGUGGUUGGGUGUGGAGUCCAUCCACUGUUGGUCAACGAGCCUGAGCAACCAAACCCUAAAACAGAUGGGAAAUGCUUGACAAACUCUUCAUCAUCUUGUAUUUGA